GUUAUCAAAAUAAUUUAUAUAUUUUGCAUUAAUAUUAACAGAUUGGUCAUACUUUUUAUUAUACUUUUGGUUUCUGCUAAAUGGGAAGAAAAAAUUGAUAAAUCAAUUUAUAAAAGUAAAAGUUAUUAAAAAACUCAAUAUAAAAGAUCAACAUGACUCAUACAUCAAGAUAUUUAGGUUACCAUGGCAGUAUGAAUCGUGAUUAUUUAACAGAUGAAGAAGAAAGUCAGCGAGCUCCUUCGGAUCGUACUAUGUCAGAGUACAUUGUGGCCAAUGAUCACACUACAAUGGUGAAACCAGUUAUCCCGACAAGAAAAAAUCGUAAAGAGAAGUAUGAUCAAGGUGAAGAGAGAAGAUCGCAAAGUGCACAAAAUGGUCAUGGAUCUGUACUUUCUGGUCCAUCUCGAUAUCCAUUUAAUAAAAGUGCAUCACAUGGCAAUAUCUGUGACAAUGGUUCAGAUAUAUAUGUUACAAGUGCUGCUUAUAGAACAACUUCAGAAAUAAGCCGUGGAUCUCACCAUAGCCUUGCACCAAGCUCUAGAAUGGAUCAUCGAGCUUCUAGUCACUAUAGUUAUGGUUCUGGAAGAUCGGGAAUAUCAACAGUUAAGACGCAAACUUUAAGAAAAGAUGUGAUACAAUUCUUUCAACCAUUGAUUGUAUGGAUUUUAGGUAUAGUUUUUCUUGUUUUUGGAUUCUUAACAUUGAUAGGAAGCCUUGUAUAUUGUGUACAUGUAUUCAGAAAUGCUAACCAUCCACAUGAUAUAAAUCCAGAAGAUCUCUACUGGACACGUUAUUGGCAAAAACAAGUUGGAUCAGCACCUGAAGUCUUUUAUAAAGCUGAAGACAAAUAUCAAGAAGAUGGAUAUAGUGAUCACUAUAGUAAAUAUUCAGGCUGUUCACUACCUUUUGUUCAAAGCGUGUAUGACUUCAACGACAGGUAUGGAGAAAAUAUGAAUUACGAAACAAACGGAGAAUGCUGUUCCCACCAUGAGUCUAUCGUAUCGGUGUAUAAGCUUGUGAAUUAUUUCCCUCUUACGCACAAUAACAAUUGGUUUCGUGUAGGUUAGAAUAAGUAGUUGGUAGACUGUGAACGUACACUUUCAAUCUCUCAUAUGUAUAUCUUUUUUUGAUGGUAGCAUGCGCUUCUCGCAGUGAUCCGUGUUAGAUAUGAUAUCUGUAUGCAUUUGUUUUACGAUAAAUGCAUAGAAAAUAAUAAAUAAAAUUGAUACAUAUAAGAAUUAGUAUUUAAAUCUGCGACAGAAAAUAAGAAUUCGUUGAAAAUUUUUAAAAAAUAACUAAUGAACACUUAUAUAUUAUAUUAUUUUAAUACAAAUUAAAACAUGAGUUCAUGUUCACACUACCUAUGAAAUAGAAUUCCCAGCGUUUUUUUUACGUAGUUUCUGUGUUUCUGUAGGACUAGUGCACUCUAUACUAUUUUGACUACUACUACUACUAUUGAUAAUGAUAAUAAUAGUAUAAUAUAAUAAAAUAAUAAUAAAAUGUACUUAAAUAUUAUUUAUAUACAUCUAUUUAUAUACAUUUAAUAUAUUUUGUAUUAUAAUAGUAAAAACAAUUAGCUUCGACUGAUAGUAAGUAAGAAACAAUAUGGAACAUGCAUAAUGAUUAUAAGGUAAUAAGAUAAAAAGAAACAAUAGCGGAAGAAAACAAAAGACACGUUUCGUAUUUUUUUCAUAUGUCGUUUGUAUUAGAUAUAUCUAUCGAUAGGCAAUCAUGUAUCGAAAUUAUAAAGGAAAAGAUUUGUUGAGAUUCGUGCGCCAAACAACCACGUAAAAUGAUACAUUCUUUUCUUCUUUUGUUAUCACCGUCAUUAUGUGUCACGAUGUAUAAAAUAUAAGUGUAUAUUCUUCUGUUUCUUCUUAUUACUACUUUUAUGACUAUAUUAUUACAUUACAUAUUAUUAUUAUAGUAAUAGUGUAGUAAUAGAAAUAAUAUACAUUGCACUCCUACGGAAAAAACAUAACAAAAUAGCGCUGGGAGAAAAAUCUCGUAAAUGAUGUGGAAACGAGUUCAUGUUUUGAUCUUUAUUAAAAAUAAUAUAUAAUAUAUAUAUUCCCUAGUUAUUAAUUUUGAAAAAAUAAUCGACAAAUGUAUAUAUUUUGUAUGCAUUUGUCAUCGAGCAAAAUUAUACUGUUGUUGUGUCCUAUUUAGCACAGAUCAUUCCGAAAUUCACAUCAGCCAUCACUGGAGAAAAUAAAUAUAAAAGAUUAGAUAUCAAUACCUUACUAUAUUAUCAAAUAAGGAAAAAAAAGUAAAUUAAUUAAUUAUUUUCGUUUACAUCGAUACAAUAAAAAAAAGCCACCGGAAUCAUAUUUUUUAACCUCGAACUUACAAUUCCUUAAUUACGAAUCCUAUACGCUUGCCAAUGUGCUACACAUUGCUUAUAGAAUUUCUCUCUUUUUAAUCUAUAAAAUUUAAAAGAAACUACAAAUUUUUCAAAAUUUAACAAUGUUUUAGAAACUCAGAUCUCUUGACAUAAACAUGUCAUAAACUUGACAAUACAUGUCAUUGGACAUGUAUUUCUUUAUUUUUAGAAUUAUCUGAUCAAAGCUUAUUAAAAUGAUCGAGUGAGUUACCGUAACUUCUCCGUGCAAGCAUCGAGAAACUCAUUUCUUUGGGUUUGGAAAUGUUCAAAAAAUCUAUUUACGCAUCAACCAAACAGGUAAUCGCUACUUCACGGAACAUACACCAUUCAAGCGUAAUAUGAAAAUCAGUAGUGGAGGUAUGAGCUUCUUCUUUUUCGCCGCAUAUUUCAAAGAGCUCCGUAGUACUAAACUUUUUCUUCGCGAAAAAUGUCGAAAACAGCAUUUACGCCAUCAAUGAGCAAAAGUAAUUUUUGAUCAAUUUUGAUGGAGAAUUUCAAUUUUUAUUUGUAUAUAAACUAUUCUCAAAAAAUACCAUUUUUAACAUGAUUUUUUUCAAAGAAAAUAAAUCUUUUGCAAAACUCCGCAAGAACAGUCCAAACAGAUUAAAUCUUCCUCUUAAAAAUGAAACCUUGUUCAUUAAAAUCGGUCAAGAAUUAUGUCUGUUCUCAUUGAUGACGUAAACCAUUAAAAAAAACAAGUGUAAUGAACAGCCUUAAUGUAUUGUUAUUAGGGAAUAAAGUUUCUUCUUCUCCCGGUAUAUGAUAUUACGAUUGUAUAACUGAUAAUAUUAAUAAAAUUUGGUAAUUGUAUGUGUUUGCAAUUAUCAAUAUAUAUGUUGCAAGGUGACAUCAUUAAGUAUUUUUAGAAAGAUUAUAAUAUAUUCAUUUAUUUAUUUUAAAUUUAUUACGUUUUGAAAAUAAGUGGAAGUAAAGAAGAAAUUCAAUAAAUUUUGAAAUUUUUAUUACAAAAAAGAAUACAAUUUAGGCUGCUAAAAAAAUUUUUGAUGUUUAUGGACUUAAUGCAGUAUCAGUAUGACUGGUACAAAGCUGUUUCAAGAGUUUUCAAUUUAGAAAUUUUAAUAUAAAUGAUGUACCUCGCUUUGGUCGGCCAAUGAUCGAAAAAGUCUAUGAAAUCAUGAAAAAAAUUGAGUAAGACCGGCACAUUAGCAGUUCUGAUGUCGCCAAACAACUAAAUAUUGACCACAAACAGUUUUAAACCAUUCGAAGAAGGCGGCUAUAUGAUUUAAUAAUGAAAAAUUUAAUGGAUCUAAUUAACAUCUGAGAAUCGUUAAAACCGGACCAUUUUUGAAUCAGCUUAUUAUGGGCGAGGAAAAAUGGAUCACGUAUAAUAAUAAUGUACGAAAAAAAUCAUCGUUGAAGAAAAGUGAAGCUCCGCAGAUGGUGGCACACCCAGGAUUGUGUGUAUGGUGGAAUUACAAAAGAAUUGUUCACUACAAACUACUGUUACCUGGCCAAACUAUUGAUUCUAAUCUCUAUUGUUAAUAACAGAUUAUGCCAAGCAAUCAAGAUAAAACGACUAAAAUUGAGCAAUAGGAAAGGUAUCAUUUUCCAUCACGACAAUGAUAGAUCACACACAUGAUCUAUCAUUGGUGAUCCAUAAAAAAUUGAGAGAAUUUGGCUGGAGAAUUUCAAUGAAUCCACUAUAUUUGCACCCUGAUCUUGCACCGUCAGACUAUUAUUUGUUUUGAUCUUUAAAAAAUUCCCUUAAUGGUGUAAAGUUAGCUUCAAAAGGUGCCUGUGAAAAUCAAUUAUCGGAGUUUUUUGUCAAUUAAGUACAUGAGUUCUAAAACCAUGGGAUUAUGAUUUUACCAAAAAUGGCAAAAAAUAAUCGAUCAAAACGGCACAUAUUUAGUGUAAUAAACAUUAUUUGAUAUAUAAAAAGAACUUGUUUUACUUUUGCAUUAAAAUACGAAAAGACUUUUUCCCAAUCCAUUAUAAUUUUCAUAAAAAUUUUAUUGUCAUUAUCUACUAUACUAUUUUUGAUAUACAACCACACGAUCAAACAGAUCCCCAUUUAUAUAGGUACCACGUUUAUCAAUUAAAAAAUACAUCUUAUAAGGUUCUAUUUUAAUAGAUGUAUAUAUUCCUCUUUUAUCAGUUCUAGAUUGUGUGCUAUAUACCUUAAAAAUAUCAAAUGUUAUUGAUACUUUUUUAUAUAUAAAUAUAUGGAUCAAGUAUAGACAAUUAUUAAUUAUUUUUUAUAGGAUUUAUUCCUACCUUUUCUAUAGGAACAGUUAUAGUAUUUCUGCUUUUUAGUAGAUGAUUAGUAAUAAAGCUAAUAUGUUUGCCUCCUUUAUGUAAGAUUAUAUACUUGAUCAUACGUGAACUAAAAAACCAUGCUAAUCCAUAGAAAAGUGGUCCUAAAAUAAAUAAAUAUAAUUUACCAUUUUCAAUAA